AUGAUUGAAAAUAAUAAUCCCACUGUGAAGGGGAAAUAUGGUGGAGUUAUCUCCCCGGAAGUCAGAGGUUCGGGUAGAAGUAAACAUGAUCGUUCGAUGUUUUCUCAAUCUGAGGAUGAAGACGACCUGGUACCGUUGUUGACGGGAAAGGGCGACACAUUAUCGUUAUCGGAGGAUGAUAUGCCGGUUCUUGAACCGCAGAAGCAGGCUACUACCAGUGUAGUGAAGCCGGAUGAGGACGUUGAAUGUGGCCUUUUUAGUCUUUUUGGAGACGAUGCCAGGGCCAAAAACUGUACUGGGAGUACAGGGGGUUUGAAGUUGGACAAGUCCCAACGAGAAGUUUUAGAUUUAUCUUGGCGCUCUCCAAAUCCUACAUCUAUUCCUGCCUUUACAGAGGAGAAUUUAGAUUUGUUUCCUAUUGAAGAGAAGGACAAUGAUUUUUUGAAAGUGCCCACACUAGAUUCUAUGGUUGAAUCUUGUCUUAUUCAAAAACAUGGGCCUUUUAGUGGGAAGAAAACUUUGUAUCAACAACCCUACAAAACUGUUGAAAAGAUAGCCUUCAAGGGGCAACAAUCUGCUCUUAUGGGCAUUAAGAUACUCUUGUAUAUACAGCAAGCCUUUGCUAAAAUGAAAGAAGGGAUUUUAGACCCCGCAUGA